AUGUCAUCUUUCACGAAGAGCGAGAAAUUCCCGGACCGACAGGGUCCCAUGAGAGCAUCGGUUUUCCGCCCGAAGACCCAGCGAAAACCUGGACAACUAGCCCCCGGAGUAUUACACAUCCAUGGUGGCGGGCAUUGCAGCGGAAACCGCUUCAUGGGACUUGCAAGUGUGCUAGGCUGGGUCGAAGAGUUCGGUGUGGUUCUCGUCUCUGCAGAAUACCGCCUUGCCCCUGAGCAUCCGCAGCCAGCACAGCUGCAUGAUAGCUACGCGGCACUUGUGUGGAUGAGUGAGAACGCACAGGAACUGGGUAUCAGCCAGGCUCAAAUCAUAGUCUGCGGUGGUUCGGCUGGCGGAAAUCUCGCUGCUGGUGUGGUUUUGCUAGCACGCGAUCUCUCAGGGCCGAGGGUACAUGGCCAAUUGCUGAUGUACCCCUGGCUUGAUGACAGCAAUGCAACUGGUUCAAUGCAGCAAUUCGGGGACAUUCCUCCAUGGACUAAAUCAAACAGCAUCGACGCCUGCAAUUAUGCCUUGGGUGUGAAUCGCGAGCAUGCUACUAUGUACUCUGUUCCGUCGCACGCCAAGGAUCUUGGUGGUCUACCACCAACAUUUAUCGAUGUUGGCGAGGCUGAUCCUUUUCGAGACGAAGAUGUAGACUAUGCAUCUGCACUAUGGAAGGCCGGUGUAUCCACCGAAUUACAUGUGUGGCCGGGCUGCUGGCAUGGAUUUGAUGUAUUUGUGCCCGAUGCUCCAAUUAGUCGGCGGGCGAAAUUGGCGAGAAGCGUUUGGCUGAGUAAUUUGAUCUAUGGCCAGUGA